AACGCACACCAUGCGAGGAGGAAAGAAGAGCCGUCGCUCUCACUCGGCAGUGGAGGGCACAUCUUCCUCGCCGCUUCGCGGUUUGACACGGUCGCGUCUCGACGGGCGACCUGGUGAACCAGGAACCACCACGAUUCCUUUCUUCUCCGGCUCCGCGUGCCAACCAAGUUAACCGAGAACCGGAGCAAGAGAUCGCGCGCAGGAGGGCGCCGGAAGCGGAAGAGGAGGCCGCGGAGAGAUGGACGAGAUCAUGAACAAGGUGGGCGCCUACUGGCUGGGGCAGAGGGCCAACAAGGAGAUCUCGUCGGCCGGCGACGACAUCGAGUCGCUCUCGACCAGCGUCGGGGAGGGCGCGAAAUGGCUGGUGAACAAGCUGAAAGGCAAGAUGCAGAAGCCGCUGCCGGAGCUGCUCAAGGAGCACGGCCUGCCGGUGGGGCUCUUCCCGCGGGAGGCCACCAACUACGAGCUCGCGCCGGAGACGCGGCGGCUGACGGUGUACAUCCCGUCCCCGUGCGAGGUCGGCUACCGCGACGGCUCCGAGCUGCGGUUCGACGCCAUGGUGUCCAGCACGCUGGGCGAGGGCCGCCUCACGGAGGUGGAGGGGAUCAAGACCAAGGUGCUCGUCUGGGCCAGGGUCACCGCCGUCAAGGCCGACGCCGCCAAGGUCCACUUCACGGCCGGGAUCAAGAGGUCGCGCAGCCGGGACGCCUACGAGGUCGUCAGGGGCGGCAUCAUCGUCGACGAGUUCUAGCUGUGGCUGCACGCUGAGAUGCUUGCAGUUGCAGGAAUAAAUUCUGCUCUUUUUUUAUAGUGAAAUAAAUUUUACUGUUAGUUAGCCGAGAGAAUUGUAUGACCGUGUGCUUUUACCGUGCGACUUGUGAAGUUUUGAUGCCCGUCCUUUACUGUACAGUAUUAAAAUUUGAAUGAGAACAUUGGCCCAGGCACAAACAGAGCGAGGUGCAGUUCAAGCGUUUUGUCA